UUGAUACAUCAACUAAGUAUAUCAAACAAUACAAAAAUGAAAUCUUUUGUUUUGGUAGCUCUUUUCGCUGCGGUGGCACUGGCGGCCCCUCAAGCCCCGGCUGAGCCCAUUCCCAUAGUCCGUCAGGACAGCCAAAUCAAUGGAGACGGUUCAUACCAAUAUUCAUUUGAAACGGGGAACGGUAUUAGCGCAGACCAGCAGGGUGAUCUGAAGAAAGUUGGGGAUGUUGAAGCAAUAGAAGUCAAAGGUCAAUUCCAGUAUCCGAGCGAUGACGGAACCAACAUUCAGCUAACGUACACAGCCGACGAAAACGGCUUCCAGCCCCAAGGUGCUCACCUUCCUACAGCUCCCCCAGUGCCGGAGGCCAUCCAACGUGCCCUCGCCUACCUCGCCACCGCUCCUCCGCAGCCGGAAAAUUAACAGCCUUCAACUGCACUGCUACAGAUUCACGUCAAGCCGCAUCUACCCUAAUAAAAAUUCGC